AUGUCGUCGUCGCUGAGAAAUUUCCGUCUGGAUUUCGAGCGCCAGGGCGCCACGUACUUUCCCGGUGAAAUUGUAAGAGGUAAAAUCAUCCUGGAAACAACAAAGGACAAGAACGUCAGAGGACUGUAUUUCUCUGUCAGAGGGUUCGCUUCUGUACAUUGGACAGAAAGGAGGAGCUCAGGGGGACGUGCUGGAAGAAGUAGUUCUCACAGGCGAUCAUAUACAAAUACGCAAGAAUAUUUCAAGCUCAAAAUCAAUGUACUGAGUACGAAUGAAGCGGAAUCGAGUGUACAUAUUCCAGCAGGGUACACCCAGUACUGUUACGAAUUUCAGCUACCCUAUAACAUUCCCAGCAGCUUCGAACACGAAUAUGGACACGUCAGGUACACAGUGAAAGCAGUGAUCGACAGGCCAUGGAAGUUCGAUCACGAAUGUAAGGCCGCGUUCACCGUGGUCUCCAUUCUGGAUUUAAACGGGCGUCGAGAAAAAUGCCAACCAAUCUACGACGAACUCGAGAAAACCUUCUGCUGUUGUUGCUGCACCAUGAAGGGUUCGUUGGAUGCAUUCGUUAAAGUGCCAACAUCUGGAUACGUUCCAGGACAAACAAUCGUCACGUCGUUAGAAUACAACAAUUCCACGUCCAGUAUCCGGAUAACAAAGAUCAAUGCGAAGUUACAACGAGAAAUCAAGUUCCACGCGACUAGCAAGACGAAGACUGUAUUCUCGAACUUCAUGUCCACCAAGUACUCAGGACCAUUUGAAUCGAAAGGGGAGACCGUUCUGGACAUAAAGGUACCGCCGAUCCCGCCGUCAAACCUGUUCCAUUGCAAGAUCAUAGACUUGAAUUACAAAUUGAAGGUCGCCAUUCACGUCUCGGGACUGUACUGUAAACUUGAGAAGAGCUACCCACUUUUAAUUGGAUCGGUACCACUCUACUGGGAACCAUACGAGCAACCAAACGUCGUAUCUGGUGUAUUCAAGGGACCAGCAACAUCGAUUCCUGUGGCAUUGUCUGAUGCACCUCACAUGUCAGAGGAUAUACCAUCGGACAGCGGUCCUUCUAGCAGACAACCUCCACCGCUUGGAUUCAUUCUACCGUAUCCAGCUGCUACCACUGCUAACAUGGACAUACCACCUCCAUCCUACGAAGAAUGCGUGUCAGGCGCUCAACACAUCAGAGAUCAUGAUGAAUCGGAUUACGUGCACGGAGCGGAUAGUCCUUUUGUGCCUAGGUAUCCUGUGUUCAACUAUCCCGCACCAAGUUCUCAACGAUUUGAAUGAAUCACUGGGAAGAUAACGAAAAUUCCUA